AUGCCGGCGUGGCUGACUCCGGAGUUCACGCAGCACCUGAACAAUAAGAUCCGGGAGCUUCUGCAGCAGAUGGAGCGGGGCCUGAAAUCCGCCGACCCCCGGGACUGCACGAGCUACACUGGAUGGGCAGGCAUCGCCUUGCUCUACUUGCACCUGUUUGACGUGUACGGGGACCCGUCCUACCUCCAGAUGUCCCAGGAGUACGUGAAGAAGAGCCUCGGCUGCCUGACAAAGCGCUCCAUCACCUUCUUGUGCGGGGACGCCGGGCCUUUGGCGGUGGCCGCCGUCGUCUACCACAAGCUGCGGAGUGACAAACAAGCCGAAGACUGCAUCGCACGGCUGCUCCAUCUGUCCAAGGUUGACCCGCGAGCCCCGGACGAGUUGCUGUACGGCCGCAUGGGGUACCUGUACGCUUUGCUCUUUGUGAACAAGCAUUUUGGAGAGGAAAAGAUCCCGCAGAGUCACGUCCAGCAGGUCUGUGAGGCGGUUCUGGCCUCUGGGGAGAGCCUGGCCAAAAGGCGGAACUUCACCGCAAAGAGCCCCCUGAUGUACGAAUGGUACCAGGAAUACUAUGUGGGAGCGGCGCACGGCUUAGCAGGAAUUUAUUACUAUCUCAUGCAG